CAGAGGAAAAAGAAGAGGGAGACAGGUUCAGUAGUCCUUUUGAAUGGAAGAGCCAACAGAGCGGCUUGGGAGCAGCUCACACCCUGACACCACAUUCUCCUGCAGUCGCGUCCUUCUUUCUUCCUUAUUCCACUCGCUGCAUCGCCGACACUGCCAUCGAUUCUACCACCGAUUCUACCAACAACACUACCACCGACACUACUACCGACUCUACCACCGACCGUCGCUGUGUCUCCGACGACCGACGCUGCAGGUACUAACUGCAGGUACUGCAUCGCACUGCGCAGUACCCAACAGAGAAAGAAAACCCAGCAAGGAGCCCCUCGCCAAGCUACAGUCUGCCGAGGAUCUAGGCAUCGUUUUGUCGAUCGCCAAGUUGUCUUGAAGCCCCCAGGUAAAAGACUACAUGGUUUUUCGACAGGCGGUGCUAUUCAACGGGUCUGACGCGUUUGGGCGUUGGGUCACCAAGUCGGCAGCUCUCUUUUGGCGCCGCCGUCUGGAGGCCAGCUUCGAUCCCCAUCACAUCGCCGCUGCGAGGCCCCCAGUUUCCAAAGUUAAGGCUAACUUUGAUCACAACAGAAAGCCUGGGAGGUUGUCAUUAUGGCUGCUCCAGCUCCACCCUCGCAAAUCCCCUGAGAAGAAGCGGCUGCGCCAGCUGCAGGAGCGCGAGCGGGAGCAGGAGUGGGAGCAGAAUAGCACAGAUAUGGGAGACGAUGCCACUAACAAGAACUGUCGUUGGGGUCUGGGCAAGAUAGACCAGACUUUUGUCCGCAUCGAUGCGCAGAUGCAAGAGAUGGAGGUUCGCAUCACAGAGCGGCUCGAGGGGCGUAUCGGAGACGAGAUACAGGACUGUGAACGGCAUGUCGGGACUCUCGUCCGUGAUAACACCAUCACCCUCUGGCACGAGCUCGAGGAGGUUGUCGAGGAUUCUGUGGAGCGCAGCUUGGAUUUCGGGGAUAAUAGCUGGGAGGAUCUCAAGGAUGAGAUCAGGCAGGCAUGCCUGGAUGAGCUGAAGGAUGAUCUAGAGGGCGGUCUUGUAACUAUUACUCUUCCCAGAUGAGACUCUUAUACUCAAGGUCAGUUGAGAUGGACUGCUAUAUUCUGAAGUGGGCACUUGAGGGCGUUCUCGCACCGGCAGAUACUUCUCUUGUCUACUGCCACAAAAAACAGUAUCUUCUAGAACUCUACAGCUAGGCUUUCAUACCCAAGAGGAUACUGUUAUGCACCU